UGUGCUAUAAAGGCGAUGUCUGAGUGAAGCAUACGAUCUGAGCCGAGAAUGUCUCAGAAGAUUUUACUGCCCAAAUAUUUAAAGAUUGUUUCCGUUGUUUUUGUAGUUUUCGGAUUAUGCUGCCUACCGACAGUGACCUGCGUCAACUUAGCACUCAACAGACCAGCCAGCCAAAUAACGCUGUACGGAGUAUCGCACCCUGAGAACGCAGUGGACGGCAGUACAGCUUCAUACAUUGGCUACUGCUCGGGAACAGCGCAUGGGAUCCCCUUCGAGUCCCACCUGUGGUGGCAGGUGGACCUGGAGUGUUCUCUACAGGUGAUGGCGGUCAUCAUCACCAACAGAGACAGUUUGGGUAAGUUUUCUGUGUCCUCCUGA